CCAUAUAAAAGAUUAUCAAACUGGUGGUAAGCAAGGAACAGAUGAGAAAAAUGAAUAUAAUAACACAAAAGACUCAAGCCUAACAUAUGGAAAAGAUAAGGAUGAAGAAUUUACCACUGAAAGCUCAAAUAUUAAUUAUACGCCACAUAUAGAAAAAAACAAUCUUUCAUUGAAAACUGAUAAAAUAUAUAAACCACAUGUGGUGGAGGAAAUAAAUGAAGAAGAUAAGUUAUCAAAAGAAAAGACGGAAAGGAUUUCAAAUAAUGAAGAAAUUAUAAGAAAGUAUGAGCAAGAAAAUCAUAAAAUAAAUGAACAUGAGGAAGAAGAACCUGAAAAAAAAAUAAAAUAUAAAAAUCUGAAUAUAGAACCACAGGUUGG